AUGGCUUCAGGGAAGGGAAGUAAAGGACCCAACGAUCUUGAAUUUGAUAUGGACGUCAACGAUCAACAAAGAGGAGAAGGGACGCGCGGGAGCAGCUGCGACUCCGAGGAGCAUCGAAAUAAACCGACCUAUUGCGUGACUGACGUUCCCCCGUGGUACCUUUGCAUGUUCCUGGCCAUUCAGCAUUACCUGACGUCAUUCGGUGCGAUGACCUCCAUCCCCCUCAUUCUCUCGGAGGGCCUGUGCCUGCAGCACGACAGCCUGACCCAGAGUCAGCUCCUCAACACCACUUUCUUCGCCAGUGGCCUGAUCACCUUGCUGCAGGUCACCUUCGGCGUCAGGCUUCCCAUCCUCCAAGGGGGCACCUUUGCUUUGUUGACCCCUUCCAUGGCCAUGUUGUCCAUGCCAGAGUGGAGGUGCCCAGCUUGGACCCAGAACGCCAGUCUGGUCAACACCUCCUCGCCUCUCUUCAUAGAAGUGUGGCAGACCCGCAUAAGAACGCUGCAGGGCUCCAUCAUGGCGGCCUCUCUGCUCCAGAUCCUGGUGGGUUUCUCGGGCCUCAUCGGCUUCCUCAUGCGCUUCGUCGGCCCCUUAACCAUCGCCCCCACCGUGUCGCUCAUCGGCCUGUCGCUGUACGAUUCGGUCGGCGCCAAGGUCGGCAGCCACUGGGGCAUCUCUGCUAUGACCACGGUUCUGAUCAUCCUGUUCUCGCAGUACCUCCGCCGCAUCCCGGUCCCUGUUCCUGCCUACAGCAGAGCCAAGAGACUGCACACCUCCAAGUUAUACAUCUUCCAGAUAAUGCCCAUCCUGCUGGGCAUUGCGCUGUCGUGGUUUGUCUGCUACCUGCUCACCAUCACCGACGUCCUACCGUCCGAUCCAGCCCAGUACGGCCACCUGGCCCGCACCGAUGUGAAGGGAGACGUGCUGAGCCGGGCGCCCUGGUUCACAUUACCGUACCCCGGUCAGUGGGGCAUGCCGGCUGUGAGCCUGGCGGGCGUGUUCGGGAUGAUGGCGGGGAUCGUAUGCUCCAUGGCCGAGUCGGUGGGCGACUACCACGCGUGCGCCAGGCUGUCGGGGGCCCCGCCUCCCCCCAAGCACGCCAUCAGCCGGGGCGUCGGUGUCGAAGGGCUCGGCAGUUUGUUGGCGGGGGCCUUCGGCACCGGCAACGGGACGACGUCCUUUAGUGAGAACGUGGCGGCCCUGGGGAUCACCAAGGUGGGCAGCCGGGCGGUGAUCCUGGCGAGCGGAGUCUUCAUGGUUUUAAUGGGCAUGCUGGGUAAAAUCGGAGCCGUCUUCACCACCAUCCCCACCCCCGUGAUGGGAGGGAUGUUCCUGAUCAUGUUUGGAGUCAUAACCGCAGCGGGGGUUUCGAACCUGCAGUCCACAGACAUGAAUUCCUCCAGGAAUAUAUUUGUGUUUGGUUUUUCCAUGUUUUCUGCACUCGUCAUUCCCAACUUUAUAAUGAAGAAUCCGGAUUUAUUACAAACAGGUGUUAAAGAGGUCGACCAAGUGUUACGCAUUUUAUUGACCACGAAUAUGUUCGUGGGAGGGGUUCUCGGCUUCUUCCUGGAUAACACGAUUCCCGGGACCAAACGUGAGCGUGGCCUCUUAGCCUGGGUCAAAAUGGAUCCGGAGGACUCCAUCUACGCCGCGGGAACCGAAGAGGUGUACGACCUCCCCUUUGGCAUCACCUCUCGCCUCUCGUCCCGGUCCUGGGUUCGCUACGUCCCUUUCUGCCCGUGGAAGGAGGGCCCCGGAUCCAGGGACGGGUCGGAGGACCAGGACGCGCCACGGGGCCGGCGGGGGAGCGAGGAGACGCUCAGAAGCACGGGGGUCACGGAUGAACUCGCUCUAUAA